ACGUAUUGUAGAAUGACCUUUACAGAUCCAGCGAUCGAGCGAUCUCUCGAGGACAGGUUCGCGAAGAUGAAUUCGAUGGCAUACCUGUGUCCAAGAUGGCGUCGCUUAUUGACAACUACGAACAGCAGUAUGCCGUUUUGACAGCUGACAUCACCGCAAAAAUCAGCAGAAUAAGGGUCCAGAGCGGCGGCGAGAAAAGGGCCUUUGUUCAGGAUGUGGACCGGCAAAUUGAAGAAGCUCAAGAGCUGCUGGAGCAAAUGGAGUUGGAGGUUCGUGGGAUGAACGGGACGGCUCGCGAUCGGCUGCGCGGUCGCGUAGAAAGUCACAGGGCAGAAUUGAAGCGGCUGACUCAGGAGUUUCAAAUGGUGAAGAAACCCAAGGAGGACGUUACGGAGAUCGUAAUGGAAGAGUCCUGGGACAACAAUGUGACGGAAGACCAAAGGAAAAGACUGCUGGACGCGUCCGAGAAAAUAGAGAGGACGGGCCGGACGUUACAAAAUGGCUAUCGUAUGGCACUGGAAACGGAGGAGAUCGGGUCGCAGGUGUUGAAGGAGCUUCACGAGCAGCGAGAGACGAUACAGCGCGGCAGAGGAAGGUUACGGGAAACAGACGCCGAGCUGGGACGUGGAUCUCGAUUAUUAUCGGGAAUGAUCUUCCGCAGCCUCCAACAGAGAAUCAUUUUAGCAGCGGUUGUUUUAGUACUUAUAAUUGUCGCGUGCUUUGUGAUAUACUAUAGCUUUAAAUCUAAAAGUUAAAGAACGUACGCUUUCUUCGGCCGGAUGACCGGCUUGUGGAAGCCAUAUUUAUUAUCAGAGAAUUCAAAAUGUUAUUUCUGUCAAAUUGCGAGGUUCGGUAGGUAAUUAUGCCAUCAUUAUUAACUGUCGUAUCGUCCGACUCGGGCGGACUUGUUUGUUCACAUUUUGCCUCGACGCGAGUGACCAUCGUCGCCGUGUAUAUAUUUAUCCUCUUGUUAAUUCGAUUUCACCCCAUAUUGGACGAAUCAUAGAUUAACGUAGAAUGUCGUCGAACAACGGGGAAAGAUCAGCCGAUGUGUAUCACAUGAAUUUCCUAUAUAAAAAAAAUAUCGACCAUCGUGACACGGUAAGAAAAUGAAAGACUAAGAACGAUUUUAUGCAAUCGGUAUUCGCUGAAUCGACGAUGAGAACAAUUGCCAAAUGCGUUAUUCCGAGUGUCGCUGGCUGAUAAAAUGUUUCGAACGUUGCGAAAAGAAAUCGAAAAAGCCCUUCGCGCUACACACACACACACACACACACACACACACACACACACACACACACACACACACACACACAUACACACACACACACUCACACAUACACACAAUUGUUACAAGAGCGGAUGUCGGGAAAUUUCUGAUUAGUCGAAUAUAUUGCCCUGCGUUCUGAAGGUACUGCGAACUACCACAGAGUGUAUGUAUAUGUAUAUAUAUACACACACGCGCAGCGAGAAACGUAUUUAUUAAACAAUAUCCAUGAUUUCUGUCGUUUCGUGCUAAUUGACGAGCACGUUGAACCAUUACCUCCUCAUGUUCGGGCUAUGUAUAACGUGUGUUGUUAUCUUAAUUGAAUCCCGAGCUAUAAUUACGAGCUCAGCGGUGAAUUUUAUCAACUAAAAAUGCAUUCUACAAUCGUGUCUUAUGCAGAGAACUACAGUAAUCACCCAUGUAUACAUUAAGGUCACACACGGGUAAGGGUCAACUCGCAAAUACGCAUCUAUUAAAGUAUCAAAGGAUGCUUGUAAUUGAGAGACAAAAAAACUAGACGCGCCUAAUAAUAAUUCCUUUUAUUACU